GGGGCCUGAAACACAUGGCAAAUAAAGGCCACUGGAGCCCAUCUCCGUCGGGGGCCGAACAGGAAGUGAGGUGGAUUUUGGGGUGGAAUCUGGUACCUCAGAGCUACUGCAGCCCAGACUAACCAACCCACUGGGAGAAGAUGUCAGGGGGUUUAGGAGUCCUUGGAGUCCUGCCUCUCCUCCUCCUCUUCCUGUCUGAAGCCUGCCUGGGCCCUGGAUGCCAGGCCCUGAAGAUAAAGGUUCCACCAUCAGUGACAGUGAACUUGGGAGAUGAAGCCCGCCUCACCUGCGAACACGAUGGCAACAACCCUAAUAUCACAUGGUGGUACAGCCUUCUCUCCAACGACACCUUUCAGUUCGUUGGCUCUAUGCUCCCAGUGUCGCUGGGUCCUGGCCAGGGGCCCAGAGGCGAAUUGGUCAUCUCCAACGUAAACGAGAGCCAUAGGGGCAUGUACAGGUGCCUUGUGGAAGAAAACAGCGUGCCACAACUCUCCUGUGGCACCUACCUCCGAGUGCGUAAGCCAGUCCCUAGGCCCUUCCUGGAAAUGGGGGAAGGCACCAAGAACCGCAUCAUCACGGCUGAGGGGAUCAUCUUGCUAUUCUGUGCAGUGGUACCAGGGACGCUGCUGCUAUUCAGGAAGCGAUGGCAGAAUGAGAAGUUUGGGGUGGACAUUCCAGAUGACUAUGAAGAUGAAAAUCUUUAUGAGGGCCUGAAUCUUGAUGACUGCUCUAUGUACGAGGACAUCUCCAGGGGACUCCAGGGCACCUACCAGGAUGUGGGCAGUCUCAACAUUGGAGAUGUCCAGCUGGAGAAGCCAUGACUGACCCUUCCCAUCCCCCAUCCUGCUGGGCUGUCUGUCCAUCCCUGCCUGGACUUCCCCUGGAGUCCCCCUUUCCCAGUCUCUGUCCCUCUGGGGUAUCUCACCCUUGCUUCCAUACUGCCCCACCCUACUCUCCCACCUAAUCUUGUCCCUUCCCCAAGUCUGUCCCGGGUUCCCUCUCCAGUGGGUAAUGAGCCCUUAAUCGCUGCCUCUAGGGGAGCUGAUUACAGCCACCUCGUUAGUGUCACCCCCUCCUCCCAGAUCUGUCAUGGCCACUUAAGUGCUAAUAAAUCCUUCCCAAAGCA